CAACUCCCCUGAAACGGAUGACCUGUCUCUGGCCUUGGCGUGUAGCGCGGUGCUGCUAGUUGUCAGUGUCUCAGUGUGUGCUGGCUGUUGGACUUAAUUUACGCUAACUGUCUAGUGUUCCUAUCCGACAACUCCUCUAGUAGUCUGGGGACCGUUACGGCGGAGCUGAGCCAUAAUGCUGAAAUGUAGAACUGUAUGGAAAAAGCUUGCACCACUUGCUAGAGCUUCCUCCACGCUCUGCCGGCAGAAUGUGAGGAGAACUGCAUUAAGCAAUGUCGGAACACCAGCGUAUGUGCCUGCGGCUCACAUGUCCAGCGGGCCUGCAGGGGGAGGUCGGGAAAACCAGAUAUAUGUCCUUCUGGUGGGAGCAGCCUGCGUCGCUGGUGGAGCAUACACAUAUCGAACUGUCAAGGGAGACGGCCAAAGAUAUCAGGAACGUAUUGAUGAAAUUUCCUCCCGACCAAAUAAAUCACAAGAGCAAGCCUCAUACAUACAGACAGAGCCUCCUGCUGUCCCUGAGCCAGAACCUGAAGCAGCACCUUCACCAGAAGAGCCGAGCCCUCCAGCCACUGAAGUUGAAACGGUGGCCCCCCCAAAAACCACUGAAGCACCCACUGAAACAACUGAAGCCCUCCCAGCAGCAGAGCCAGUGGUAGAAGCCCCCCCAGAGGAGGCAGCAGAACCCCCUGCUGCUCCUGUAGUUGAGGAGGAACCAUCAGCAGCAGCGCCAGUGGUAGAAGCCCCCCCAGAGGAGGCAGCAGAGCCCCCUGCUGCACCUGUAGUUGAGGAGGAACCAUCAGCAGCAGAGCCGGUGGUAGAAGCCCCCCCAGAGGAGGCAGCAGAGCCCCCUGCUGCACCUGUAGUGGAGGAGGCAGAACCAUCAGCCCCCUCUGAGCCGCCCCCAGCUGAGCUAACAGAGCCCCCUGCAGCAGUUGAGGAGAGCGAACCCACAGCAGCAGCAGAAAGCCCCGCAGCUGAGCCCGCCGAGCCUCAGCCAGAAGCUGUGGCAGAGAGCGCAGCAGAGCCAGUAGUAGAAGCCCCCCCAGAGGAGACAGCAGAACCCCCUGCUGCUCCUGUAGUUGAAGAGGAACCAUCAGCCCCCUCUGAGCCACCCCCAGCCGAGCUAACAGAGCCCCCUGCAGCUGUUGAGGAGAGCGAACCCACAGCAGCAGCAGAAAGCCCCCCAGCUGAGCCCGCCGAGCCUCAGCCAGAAGCUGUGGCAGAGAGCGGAGACUCUCUCAAGGUCCCCUCACACGCCCCCUACCUCCUGAUUGGUGGAGGUACCGCCUCCUUCGCUGCUGCCCGGUCUAUUCGAGCCAGAGACCCCGGUGCCAAGGUGCUGAUUGUGACUGAAGAGCCAGACGCUCCAUACAUGAGACCCCCUCUUUCCAAAGAACUGUGGUUCUCUGAUGACCCCAGUGUGACGGAAACACUGCGUUUCAAGCAGUGGAACGGGAAGGAAAGGAGUAUCUUCUUCCAGCCACCGUCAUUCUACAUCAGUGCAGAGGAAUUGAGUCGUGCAGAAAAUGGUGGAGUGGCGAUUCUCACUAACAGAAAGGUGGUUCACAUGGAUGUGAGAGGAAACAAAAUCAAACUGGACGAUGACACUGAGAUUUCAUACGACAAGUGUUUGAUUGCUACUGGUGGCGUGCCAAGAAAUCUCCAGCUCAUUGAAAGAGCAGGAGAGGAGGUGAUGCAGAAGACCACUUUAUUCCGCAAGAUCGAGGACUUCAAAGCACUCGACAAGGUCUCCAGAAACGUCAAAUCCAUCACAAUCAUCGGAGGAGGAUUCUUGGGUAGUGAGCUGGCCUGUGCCCUCGGCAGGAGAUCUUCAGAGUUUGACUUGGAGGUGAUACAGAUGUACCCUGAGAAGGGCAACAUGGGGAAAGUGUUGCCUGAGUACCUGAGCAACUGGACAACGGAAAAAGUCAAGAGAGAGGGUGUGAAAAUAAUCGCAGAAGCGUUGGUGAAAUCAGUGGUCUCCAAAGAUGACAAGUUAGAAAUCCAGCUGAAGGAUGGCCGAUUGGUGAAAACGGACCACAUUGUGGCAGCUGUUGGCCUGGAGCCCAAUGUCGACCUUGCCAAGUCAGCAGGUCUGGAGGUUGACUCUGACUUCGGAGGCUUUCGGGUCAAUGCAGAGCUGCAAGCUAGAUCCAACAUUUGGGUGGCAGGAGAUGCUGCGUGCUUCUACGACAUCAGACUGGGCCGCAGACGGGUUGAGCACCACGAUCACGCCGUUGUGAGCGGGAGGCUGGCAGGGGAGAACAUGACCGGAGCCAACAAACCAUACUGGCAUCAGUCCAUGUUCUGGAGCGACCUGGGGCCUGAUGUGGGCUACGAGGCGAUUGGGAUUGUUGACAGCAGCCUACCUACAGUAGGAGUGUUUGCCAAAGCCACUGCCAAGGAUACGCCUAAAGCUGCUACAGAGCUGUCAGGAACUGGAAUCCGGUCAGAAAGUGAAACGGAGGACACAGCUACCAGCCCAGUGGCCUCCUCAACGCCCGCUCCCGCUGGAUCCCACAAAGACGAGUACGGAAAAGGAGUCAUCUUCUACCUGAGAGACAAAGUGGUGGUGGGCAUCAUCCUGUGGAACGUGUUUAACAGGAUGCCCAUUGCUAGGAAGAUCAUCAAGGACGGAGAGGAACACGCAGAUCUGAACGAAGUUGCCAAACUGUUCAACAUCCACGACGAUUAAGACAUGUUAAAACUGAACUUUGGCAGUCAUUGCCUCACUCUUGAAGACACAACCGAUCACACACACAAAACAGGAUUCAUGUCAAUGAUGUCAUGUGGCUUUAAUAUGUUUCAUGUUUGGGAAUUUCUGUGUUGGACCUGUUUGCGCUUCUUUUUCUAUCCAGGAAAAUAGUCAUCUCAUUUUCCACCCAAAACCUUUGCUCAUGUUUUGAAAAAAAAAAAGAUGUAAUUCUGCUUUCUCCUCAUACCAGGAUAAAUUAAUGCUGAGCAUGGAUUAUUGUUUUUCUGUGUGAUCAGAGCAGCUCGUCGUGAGAGAAGCUGCAAUAAAAGCUAUUUUUAAAUUGGA